AUGGAAUUUUUAAAAUUUUUUGACUCGGAUGACGACGUAGAAUUCGUCGAGACAUUCUUCAAUGUUGUGCAACACGUUCACGCCGAAGAAAGUUCGAAUGCAGCGCGUACAAGGACGGUCGUCCAUCGUGAUCGCCAAGCCGCACACGACUUAUUGGUACGUGAUUACUUUGCCGAUAAUUGUCUUUAUAAUGACGACUCGUUCGAACGUCGUUUUCGUCUGAAUAAGGCUAUAUUUUUACGUAUUAGUAAUGCUUUAGAAUCUCGUUAUGAUUUUUUCAAACAAAAACCCGACGCUAGAGGAAGAAUGGGUUUUAGUAGUAUACAAAAAUGUGCGGCUGCUCUUAGGUAUUUGGGAUACGGUAUAGCAUUUGAUGCAUCUGACGAAUACUUGAAAAUAUCCGAGAGGACCGCGGUUGAAUGUGUAGAUUGGUUUUCUGCAUGUGUUUAUGAGGUUUUUCACGAAGAAUAUUUGCGUAAACCUACUCAAUGUGAUAUUGAGAGAUUAUAUUCGGCUCAUGAAGAGAGGCAUGGAUUUCCCGGUAUGAUUGGCAGUCUAGAUUGUACGCAUGUGGCUUGGGAAAAAUGUCCAACUGCAUGGCGUGGUCAGUUCACUCGAGGAGAUAUAGGUGAACCAACUAUCAUCCUAGAAGCUGUUGCAUCUCAAGAUUUGUGGAUAUGGCAUGCCUUUUUUGGAGUAGCGGGGUCCAACAACGACCUUAAUGUUCUUGGUCAGUCUCCACUUUUCAACGAUAUUUGGACCGGCAAAGCACCUGAUAUGACGUUCACGGUAAACGGGCACGCGUACAAAUAUGGUUACUACCUUGGUGAUGGGAUAUACCCGGAUUAUUCUACAUUGAUGAAGGCAUACUCAGUUCCUCGAAGUGAAAAAGCAAAAUUGUUUACAAAAAAACAGGAAUCAGCGAGAAAGGAUAUCGAGAGGGCAUUUGGAGUCCUUAAGCAAACAUGA